AUGGAAGUCGAAAAACUCGCUAGCAUCGGGGAAUCUCUUGGCCUGAGAGGUACGGAGUUACGAUCUUUUAUAGAAGGAGAGCAAAAUCGGGCACGAGAAGAGCGCAUGCUCGAUCGUGAGAGAGUGAAGGAAGAACAAGAGUUGGUUAGGUUGCAAAUGGAGCUAGAGCGUUCGAGAGGUGAGAGAAGCGAGGAAACACUGAAUGAAAGUAGAGUGCAUGUACGAGCACCAAAAUUGCCUACAUUCAGCGAGGAUAGGGAUAAUCUCGAUACGUAUCUUAGCAGAUUUGAGCGAUACGCAUCGGCGCAAUCCUGGCCACAGGCGUCAUGGGCUACUAAUCUGAGCGCGCUUUUGACAGGCAAGGCAUUAGACACGUAUAGUAGACUGAGCGAUACUGAAGCGUUAGAUUACGAUACCCUAAAGAGGGCGCUCUUGAAGAGAUAUGACAUUACUAGUGAAGAGUAUAGGAAAAAAUUGCGAUCAGCAAGGCCGGACUCCGGAGAAAGUGCGAGCCAAUUUGUUUAUCGAAUGAGAGUUUAUCUCAAGAAAUGGUUAAUACUAGGUGGAUAUCAGGAAAAUUUAGAUAAUAUGAAGGAAUUAGUUCUCAUAGAACAGUUUUAUGAUAGUUGUUCAAGAGAAAUGGCGAUGUUCAUAAGAGAGCGCAAACCUCGUAGCUUGGAUGAGCUUUCAGAGAUAGCGGAUCGCUUUAUAGAAGCUCGGGGUGGGUGGCGUUUGACCAAUGUAAGUCACAAACCUCGAACUGAGAACUCACGUCCUGACUUUCGUUCUAAGAUAACAGGUACACCAGAGGCGAGGAAGCAGCCGCCGUCCCAGGACAAACAGACCAACCGACCAAGGCGAGAGGGAUGUUACGUCUGUGGUAGCAAAGGACAUUUCGCUCGGAACUGCAAUGAGAAGAGACAGGGAAGGCUUGCUGCGGGCAUGGUAGAGUUGGCAGAACCACAAGGGUCAUCGGGACGCGGCUACGCUGGUCUGGGACCACAGCCCCUGAUGUCGUCGUAUGGGACGGCCGAGAUGCAGACUAGGACAGAGGUAGAGAGAGGGGAUCACCACACUGAGGAGAGUAACUUCACUCUUGAUAUAGGUGAGGCAGCAUGUCUGUUAAUUGAUUCAUGUAUCCCGUGCCUUGAAGCAGGCAGGGCAAACCGGUCUCAGGAGCAAGAUUUACCGGUAGUGAGUGUGGCAUGUGAGGCAAAGUCUGUGCGUUCAAUGCCAGUUGUCCGAGGUCUUGUUAAUGGAGUUUUAGUGGAAACCCUCCGAGAUAGUGGAAGCACAGCUGCCCUGGUAAAAGAGAAGUUAGUAAAACCUGGUCAAAUGACGGGGAAACAGCGACUGUGCCUAUUGAUUGAUAGGACGGUUAGGAGAUUCCCACUGGCGCGUAUACAUGUAGAUACCCCCUACUUUACUGGGGAAUUGGAAGUUCUGUGUGUUAGUAAUCCAAUUUACCCUUUGAUUUUAGGCAACUUAGAUGGAGUCAGAAAUGCUAGCGAUCCUGACUUAGAUUGGAAACCACCAGAGCAAGGGACCAUAUCUUAUGCAUUGGCAGCAGAGACCAGACAACAAGCCAGAGAGAGAUGGAAACCUAUAAAAGGAUUGAAAGUACCUGGACAGUUGACCGAGGUAACUCCAGAUGGAUUUAGGAAAGCACAGGAAGCUGACAAGACACUGGAUAAGAUUAGACAACGGGUUGCGGCUGAAGAGGUCAAGGUAAGCCGUAAUGGGAAUAAGUCUUCGUUCAAGAUGUUGAAUGGUGUGCUCUACCGUGAAUUUCAAGACUCAAGGGCAGCAGCCGACGUCAAUACUCAGUUAAUAGUUCCGCAGCCAUUAAGGAAGCAGGUUCUAAAGCUGGCCCAUGAGUCAGUCAUGGGUGGACACUUAGGAGCGAGCAAGACGGGUGACCGGAUCUUAGCAAAUUUCUUCUGGCCGGGGAUGCACCAUGAUGUAAAGUUGUUCUGCAGGUCAUGUGAUUCUUGCCAGCGUUCUUUUCCCAAAGGGAAGGUGACAAAGGUGCCCCUCGGCUCAACACCGCUAAUCGAUGAGCCGUUUCAUCGCGUCGCAGUAGACAUAGUUGGCCCGAUUGCUCCAAUCUCGUCGAAAGGAAAUCGAUAUAUCCUCACCCUCGUAGAUUAUGCGACGCGGUAUCCGGAGGCAGUGCCCCUUAGGAAUAUUGAUACAUCCAGUGUAGCGGAGGCACUGUUGAGUAUAUUUUCACGAGUGGGCUUUCCGAAAGAAAUGCUCACGGACAGGGGUUCACAGUUCACCUCCGGUGUCAUGAAGGAGGUGUCUCGUCUACUGUCUUUAAGGCAUAUCAUGACUACCCCCUACCAUCCUCAAUGUAAUGGUCUCGUGGAGAAGUUCAAUGGUACACUGAAGAGGAUGCUAGUGAAGAUGUGCGAAGAACGCCCCAAAGACUGGGACCGGUACAUUGAUUCUUUGCUGUUUGCAUACCGGGAGACACCCCAAUCUAGCACCGGCUUCGCACCUUUUGAGCUCUUAUACGGACGGGUGGUCAGGGGACCACUGUUGAUACUACGUGAGUUAUGGACAAAGGACUUUGAUCAUCCUGAAACCAAGAGCACCUACCAAUUCGUUUUGGAUCUAAAGGAGAAGAUGGAAAAGACCUGCGAGAUUGCUCAACGAGAACUACACAAAUCGCAUGAGAAAUACAGGAAGAGCUACAAUAGAAAAGCAAAGAAACGCUCAUUUAAAGUAGGUGAUGAGGUAUUGGUUCUUCUUCCGACUGACCAUAACAAACUUCUCAUGCACUGGAAGGGUCCAUUCCGCAUUGUCCAGACCCACGGACCUUUUGAUUACAGAGUUGAUUUGGGUAAGAGAGUGGCAACCCUCCAUGCCAACCUCCUCAAGCAGUAUCUACGACGUGAAGCUGAGGAACCAGAGCAGACGAAUGCGGCUGUGGUGGACUUGGUUGCGACCUCAGUUAUUGAGGACGAGGAUGACUCAGAGGUUGGUGGGAACAACCAUGGUAAAGGUACUGGCAAGAUUAUAUCAUCGCCUAGCCCUCUACUACCCCUUCCCAGUUUGCACAGAACGCAAACAUACUCAGAUGUUCAAGUAUCUAAGGAACUUUCUGAUGUGCAGCACAGACAAGUGUCCUCCCUUCUUCGAGAAUUUGAUGACAUACUCACUGAUGUCCCAAGUCUUAGUACAGCUGGACAUCAUGACAUCCAGCUCAUCCAUGACGUGCCAGUGAAAAGCCGACCUUAUCCAUUGCCUCAUGCUAAAAGGCAAACCGUCAAAGAUGAGAUAAGGGAGAUGUUGGCUCUCGGAGUGAUUGAACCAUCCUGCUCUCCUUACGCUUCUCCAAUCGUCUUGAUAAGCAAAAAGGAUGGUAGUGUUAGGUUUUGUUGCGAUUUUAGGAAAAUAAACGCCAUCACUGUCCCAGAUGCAGAGCCGAUACCGGACCAAGAGGAAAUAUUCGCCAAACUCGCAAAUGACAACUUCUUUACCAAGGUCGAUCUUACAAAGGGGUAUUGGCAAGUGCCGCUAACGGAGCAGGCAAAGCCAAUAACUGCCUUUGUAACCCCCGAUGGACUUUAUCAGUUUACGUCCAUGCCAUUCGGGUUGAUGAAUGCACCCGCCAGCUUCAGUCGCUUGAUGAGAACAGUCCUCAGGGGUCUUGAAUUUGUCGACAAUUUCAUUGACGACAUCCUCGUGCACACACCUACCUGGGAUCAACACAUAGAAGCUCUGCGAUCUCUGAUGGUAAGACUGAGGGAGUCGAACCUCAAGGCAAAACCAAAGAAGUGUUUUGUUGGAUUUGCAAAAGUCGACUUCUUAGGACACCAGCUGAGUAGAGGGUAUCUCAGACCACUCCACAACAAAGUAGAAGACAUUCAGACGGCUCCAAGGCCAACUACGAAGAAAGAGCUACGGUCGUUUUUGGGAUUAGCCGGCUACUACAGGAAGUUUGUUCCCCACUUCGCUUCAACUGCUGUCCCUCUAACUGACCUGUUGAAGAAGGGGAAACCAAACAUGCUUGACUGGGACGAGGUACAUGAGAACGCGUUCACCAGUCUGAAGGUGAUGUUGACCAAAGAACCCAUUCUUCACUUGCCUGAUGUGAACAGACAGUUCAUCUUGAGGACCGAUGCAUCAAACAAAGGAGUCGGGGCAGUUCUCCUACAAGAAUUUGACGGAGAGAAGUUCCCGAUAGCAUAUGCUAGUAAGAAGUUACUAGUUCGGGAACAAGCCUAUUCGACAAUCGAGAAAGAAUGUCUUGCGGUUGUUUGGGCUGUGCUUAAAUUCGAGACCUUUCUCUUUGGUAGAGAAUUCAUACUCGAAGUCGACCACCAGCCCUUGUUGGCAAUUCAGAAAUCUAAAGUAGCUAAUGGGCGAAUCCUUCGUUGGGCGUUGGCUCUCCAACAGUACAAGUUCAGAGUCGAAGCCAUCAAGGGGCAAGAAAAUGUUGGCGCAGACUAUCUGAGUAGGGUGUAG